AUGACGCAGGCCGUUGAACCUUCGGGGAUUAUUGUCCUCCUCGUUACCCUCUUCGUUUACCUCAAUCUGGGUCUGGCGCUCGAAUUCGCGUUCCCGGGUGCUCUCAACUACCUUUUCCAGGAUUCCAGCCUCUAUGCAUACUGGGCCCGUAUCCAAGCAAUCUUCUUCUUUAAGCGGGUUCUUGCUUGGACAGGAUCCGCCUUGACCUACGACCCCGAUCUAAUCGGCGGGGCGGAGACGGAGGCUGAGCAGGACUAUACAUUGACCAUCAACUCGGGGAUAGACCACACCAAACAUGACUCGGAAGCGCAGGCCUAUGCUGGUUCUGAGCUUCGCCGGCGGGACCUGAUGGCGAAGCAUGAGGAAUUUCUGCGCCGCUACGGGUACGGCCUUCAAGACGAAUGUGCCGUGUGCAUGGUCCGGUUCGAGGAGAUCGUUACGGAGCACGAGGCGGAUGCCCUCCGCCGUGACCGCCGCUCCGCAAUCAUAAGGCUGCGCUGCAACCACGUCUUUUGCACCAACGAUUUGAUUCACUGGCUCGACGAUGGUAAUGGCUUGUGCCCGUUGUGCCGCGCCCCCAUUACGGAGGACGGGAGCCGCCCUCACCCUCUCCGCAUGCCUUCCUAA